UUUUUGUGGUGCUCUUGUCCUGGGUGGAUUAAUAUGAACGCUUUCGGACACCAAGCACCGAGCCAGCAGCAGAGCAGCCCCGUGCACCAGCACCACAGCGCGCAGGAGCUCCUGGACAUGGCCGUGUACUGCGACAACUACGGGGUUUACCAGCAGAACGUGCACCACCACCACCACCACCACCCGCAGAGGCCGCCGGCUCACCCCUCCGGCUACAGCCUCGGGGACUACACCUCCUCCUCCAACCCUUACCUGUGGCUGAACGGAGCCGCCGCCAUCAACUCCUCUCCGUACCUGCCGGGGAGCGGCGGCACCGCCGCGUCCUACAUCCAGUCCGGAUACGGCUCCAACCAGAGGCAGUUCCUGGCGCCCCCGGCGGGCUUCGGGGGGGCAGACCUGUCCUGGCUGUCCCUGUCCAGCCAGCAGGAGCUCUUCAAGAUGGUCAGGCCGCCCUACUCCUACUCCGCGCUCAUCGCCAUGGCCAUCCAAAACGCGCAGGACAAGAAGCUGACUCUCAGUCAGAUCUACCAGUACGUGGCGGACAACUUUCCUUUCUACAAGAAGAGCAAAGCUGGAUGGCAGAACUCAAUUCGUCACAACUUGUCGCUGAACGACUGCUUCAAGAAAGUGGCCCGUGAUGAGGAUGACCCCGGGAAGGGGAAUUACUGGACGCUGGACCCCAACUGCGAGAAGAUGUUCGACAACGGUAACUUCAGGAGGAAGAGGAAGAGGCGGUCGGAGCCGAGCCCGGCCGCCGUCAAGUGUGAGGACGGCGGGCAGCAGAAGCUGGCCGACCCCGCCGGCCUGCUCAGCUCCUCCCCGCCCAGCCUGCACGGAUCCCCGGCCUCCACCGAGCCCAAGUCCUCGCCGUCCCCGUCCGCAGACCACAGCCCGUGUUUCAGCAGCUUCGUGUCCAGCAUGACCUUGGCUGGAGGAGGAGGAGGUGGAGGAGGCGGAGGAGGAGGAGGAGGAGGUGCAGGGGAGCGGGACUACGGCUCCGGACAUCUCGGGGGCUCGUCGCAGAGCAGAGAGGGCAUGUCGGGACUGGGCUCCUACUCGCCCACUUUAAUCUCUCCCCUGAACUCUGACAACAACAGGAUGAACUAUUACACAUCCGUGCAGAGCCUCUCCAACCACUUCAGUGUGAAUAACCUCAUAUACAGCCGCGAGGGAACGGAGGUGUAGACUGUCUGUUUGUGGUUUUUCACAUUUAAUACGUCGGUAAUGAUGAAAAUAAUAAUUAUAACUCUGAGGUACCCAAAUUGAGAUGCCAUUGCUGCAGCUGUUGUGUGCCUUUUAAACUCAAGAAAAGCCUCAAGACAACACAGACAAUCAAAGAGGCUCAAAUGAAGCACCUGAUGAGUGCAAAAUGUUACUUAUUUUUUUAUACUUCUUGUUAUGGCUGCUUAAUUGGAGUGAUUUUGUCCAAAAAUGAAGACGUGUACAGAAAUUAUUUUCAUAAAAAGAACCAUGAAAUGUAU